AUGAACGACCGAAUGUUGCUUCGGACCUGGGUGGCCCUCUCCGUGCUCAUUGCCUGGCAUGAAGCUCACGCCACGACGAGUCUGUAUCCGUUCUGGCAGAAUGACACAAAAACGCCCAAAGUUGAUGAUGGAAGCUCUCCUGAGAUUAAGCUCUCUGUCCCGUUCAUCUUCUUUGGAUCAUCGUACAGAACCAUUUAUGUCAACAACAACGGCGUCAUCUCCUUCAACGUGCUGGUGAGCCAGUUCACCCCAGAAGCCUUCCCCCUCUCGGACGGCCGGGCCUUCCUCGCUCCCUUCUGGGCGGAUGUGCACAACGGCAUCCGAGGAGAGAUCUACUACAGGGAGAGCACGGACCCCGAGCUGCUCAGGAGAGCCUCCAAAGACGUCCGCAAGUACUUCAAAGACACGUCCUUCUCUGCCACCUGGGUCUUCAUCGCCACCUGGGAGGAAGUCACCUUCUACGGAGGGAGCAGCACGACUCCGGUGAACACUUUCCAAGCUGUCCUCAUCACAGACGGCGUGUCUUCCUUUGCCAUAUUUAACUACCAUGAAAUCAGCUGGACUACAGGGACAGCCAGCGGAGGGGAUCCUCUCACAGGACUUGGUGGUGUGAUGGCCCAGGCUGGAUUCAAUGGAGGAAAUAUCAGCAAUUUUUUCAGCCUCCCAGGCUCCAGAACCCCAGACAUAGUUAAUAUUGAAGACACAACCAACGUUAACGUCCCUGGACGCUGGGCUUUCAAAAUAGAUGGCAAAGAAAUAGACCCGGCUCGUGGCUGCAGUCUGAGAGGGCAGUUUCUUCGUCAAGGAGAGAUCUUCUGGGAGAACUCAAACUGUACCACCAAGUGCCGCUGCCUGGACUUCAACAAUGAGAUCUUCUGCCAGGAGAUGGCUUGCGGCCCCUUUGAAGCGUGUGAGCCGAAGAUCAAGUUCUUCCAGUGCGUGCCCGUGGAGAGCAGCACCUGCGUGGUGUUUGGAGAUCCCCACUACCACACGUUCGACGGCUUCCUCUUUCACUUCCAGGGUUCCUGCUCCUAUCUCCUCGCCAGGCAGUGCUGGCCAGGGUCCAAGCUGCCCUACUUCAACGUGGAGGCCAAGAAUGAGAACCGAGGCGGCUCCUCCGUCUCCUGGCUGAAGGAUAUCUUUGUGGAGGCUUAUUCACACAAGAUUGUCCUCCCCAAGGGCAGCUUUGGGAAAGUAAAGGUCGAUGGCUUGGUGACCUCCUUGCCCGUCUCCCUGAAGCUGGGUGCAAUCAAAGUCUACCAGAGCGGCUUCUCUACGGCCCUGGAGACUGAUUUUGGCCUUGUGGUGACCUACGACGGACAGCACUAUGCUUCCAUCUCUGUCCCGGGCACGUACAUGAAUGCGACGUGUGGUCUCUGCGGAAAUUACAACAAGGACCCCGAGGACGAUACCCUUCGCUCCGACGGGCGCUUGGCGGUGUCCGUGCUGGACCUGGGGGAGAGCUGGCGCGUGUCCCACCCCGAGCGGAGGUGCUCCCCGGGCUGCCUGGAUAACUGCAGCCUCUGCGACGCGGCCCUCGAGGCGCUCUACUUCAGCCCCGACUACUGCGGCUUCAUCAACAGCAGCAGCGGGCCCCUGUGGGAGUGCGGCGCCGUGGUGGAGCCCACGGCCUUCGUGCACAGCUGCGUCUACGACCUCUGCGGCUCCCACAGCAACGGCACCGGCCUGUGCCAGGCCAUCCAGGCGUACGCCCUCGUGUGCCAGGCCCUGGGCAUCCCGGUGGGAGACUGGCGCACCCCGACGGGAUGCGGUAAGGCGGUGUGUGCCGGGCUGGAAGCCUUCCCUUCGGGAGCGGGAAAACGGGCUGGGGGCUGCUGGAAGCUCCUGGCGGAGCAGGAGCAGGGUUGCCGGUGCGAGGACGGCGGGGAGGCCGCCUGCUUCAACACCACCUGCCAGGAAGGAGAGGUCUGCGCCGUUGAGCACGGCUACCAGGGCUGCUAUCCCCAGUGGGAGACCGUGUGUCUCGUGGGGCAGAACCAGGUGCUGCAGACGUUUGACGGCGUGACGUUCCCCUACCCGCUGGAGCACUCCUACACGCUGCUGAAAACAUGCCCGGAGAGACCGGACUUCAUCGAGGUGGACAUCAGCCAGAAGAAGCCGGGAUCUGCUCCUAACGGGCUGCGCGCCCUGCGGAUCCAGGCCGUCAGCCAGGAGGUCAAGAUCGGAGGCACUAGCCCUUCGGAGGUGAAGGUGAACGGCUACGACGUGGAGCUGCCAUAUUCCCACCCUUCGGGCCGCCUGGAAAUUUACCGUAGCAGGAACGGCACCGUGGUGGAGUCGGAGGGACUCCUGAGCAUCCAGUACUACGACUCGGGCCUCCUGGAGAUGCGCCUCUCCACCGCCUACUUCAACUGCACCGGAGGCCUCUGCGGCUUCUUCAACGGCGACAGCAGCGACGAGUUCUGCCUCCCCAAAGGCAAGUGCACGGACAACCUGGAGCUCUUCCUGGAGAGCUGGACCACGUUCGACGAGAUCUGCAACGGCGAGUGCGGGGACCUCCUCAAGGCCUGCGGCAACGACUCGGAGCUGCUCAAGUACUACAGGAGCCGCUCCAAGUGCGGCAUCAUCAACGACCCCACCAACAGCUCCUUCCUGGAGUGCCACGGCGUGGUCAACGUCUCGGCCUACUACAGGACGUGCCUCUUCCGCCUGUGCCAGAGCGGAGGCAACGAGUCGGAGCUCUGUGACUCCGUGGCUCGCUACGCCAGCGCCUGCAAGAACGCCGAGGUGGACAUCGGCCAGUGGAGGAGCCACAGCUUUUGCCCUCUGGCGUGCCCGGAGAACAGCCAUUUCGAGGAGUGCCUGACGUGCACGGAGACCUGCGAGACGCUGGCCGCGGGCCCCGUGUGCGCGGACGGCUGUGCCGAGGGCUGCCAGUGCGACGACGGCUUCGCCCUCCAGGGCGCCCGCUGCGUCCCCCGCAGCGAGUGCGGCUGCAGCUUCGAGGGCCGCCAGCUGGCCACCAACCAGAGCUUCUGGAUGGACAUCUCGUGCCACUUCCUGUGCUACUGCAACGGCUCCGACAACAGCGUGUACUGUGAGAGCGUGCCCUGCAAGGAGGACGAGUACUGCCUGGAGGAGCACGGCCUCUACUACUGCCGCGUCCGCACGGACGCCUCCUGCAUCGUGUCUGGCUACGGGCACUACCUCACCUUCGACGGCUUCUCCUUCGACUUCCAGAGCAGCUGCACCUUGGUCCUUUGCACCACCAUCUCCCGGCCGAGGUCGGAGAGAUCGGACACCUUCCCCGCGUUCACCGUCACCGCCAAGAACGAGGACCGGGAGCCGUCCCUGGCCCUGUGGGUGAAACAAGUGGAAGUGGAGGUGUUCAGUUACAACAUAGUCAUCCACCGAGCCUACAAAUACACAGUGCUGGUUAACAACGAGCGUCUCUACCUGCCUCUGAAGCUGGGCCAGGGCAAGGUGAACAUCUUUGCGUUCGGCUUUCACAUUGUGGUCGAGACGGACUUCGGCCUGAAGGUGGUGUACGACUGGAAGACCUUCCUCUCCGUUACGGUCCCGCGCAGCUUCCAGAACCUGACCUACGGUCUCUGCGGCCGCUACAACGGCAACCCCGAGGACGACCUGGUGGCCUCCAGCGGGCUGGCCGCUGCCGGCGUCACCGACUUCGGCCAGAGCUGGGUCAGGCGGGACACGUUCUGCCAGGUGGGCUGCGGUGACCGCUGCCCUGCGUGCGGCAAGGUGGAAGGCUUCUGGAAACCCCAGCAGCUGUGCAGCCUCAUCCCCAGCCAAAGCGGGGUCUUCGCCAAGUGCCACAGCAAGAUCAGCCCCGGCUUCUUCUACAAGAACUGCCUCUUCGACACGUGCAUCGACGGGGGAGCCAUGCAAACGGCCUGCAGCUGGCUGCAGAAUUAUGCCAGCACGUGCCAGACCCAGGGAAUUGCCAUCACCGGCUGGAGGAACUUCACCUCGUGCUCCGUCAGCUGUCCCCCCAACAGCCACUACGAGAGCUGCGUGUCCCUGUGCCAGCCCCGAUGCGCCGCCAUCCGUCUGAAAAGCGACUGCAGCCAUUACUGCGUGGAGGGCUGCCAGUGCGACCCGGGCUACGUCCUGAACGGCAAGAGCUGCAUCCUUCCCCACAACUGCGGCUGCUACUCGGACGGCAAGUACUACGAGCCCAAGCAGCUGUUCUGGAACGGUGACUGCACGCGCCGGUGCCGCUGCUUCCGGCGCAACCUCAUCCAGUGCGACCCGCGGCACUGCAAGUCGGACGAGGAGUGCGCCCUCCGCAACGGCGUCCGCGGCUGCUUCAGCACCAGGAGCUCCUUCUGCCUGGCCGCGGGCGGCGGCGUCUUCCGCACCUUCGACGGGGCCUUCCUCCGCUUCCCGGCCAACUGCGCCUUCGUGCUCUCCACCAUCUGCCAGAAGCUGCCCGACUUCUCCUUCCAGCUCAUCAUCAACUUCGACAAGUGGUCCUCGCCCAACCUCACCAUCAUCUCCCCCGUGUAUUUCUACAUCAACGAGGAGCAGAUCCUUAUCAGCGACAGGAACACCGUCAAGGUGAAUGGCAGCCAGGUGAGCGUCCCCUUCGUCACUGGGCUUUCCACCAAAAUCUACAGCUUGGAGGGCUUCCUGGUCAUCGACUCGAGCCCUGACAUCGAGAUCCGCUACAACGGCUUCAACGUCAUCAAAAUCACCAUCGGGGAGCGGCUGCAGAACAAGGUGUGCGGCCUUUGCGGCAACUUCAACGGCGACCGGACUGACGACUACGUCACCCUGCGGGGAAAGCCUGUUGUCAGCAGCGUGGUGCUGGCCCAGAGCUGGAAAACCAACGGCAUGCAGAAGAGCUGUAACGAGCUGCAGUACUCCCAGUACGCCGCGUCCUGCGACAACGUCCAGAUCCAGAUGCUGCAGAGCGACAGCUACUGCCUGAAGCUGACGGACAUGAAAGGCUUCUUCCAGCCCUGCUACGGCCUGCUGGACCCGCUGCCUUUCUACGAGUCCUGCUUUCUGGACGGCUGCUACAAUCACAAGAAGAUCCAGCUCUGUGGCUCCCUCGCCGCCUACGGAGAGGCCUGCCGCCCCUUCGGCAUCCUGGGCACCGAGUGGAUCGAGAAGGAGAAUUGCUCAGGAGUGGUGGAAGACCCCUGCGUGGGCGCCGACUGUCCCAACCGAAGCUGCGAGCUGGACAACGGAGGGGAGCUGUGUGGCUGCAUCGAGCCUCCGCCCUACGGAAACAACACACACGACAUCAUUGAUGCUGAGGUGACCUGCAAAGCUGCGCAGAUGGAAGUGUCCAUCUCGAAGUGCAAGCUCUUUCAGCUGGGCUUUGAGCGAGAGGGCGUGCGGGUCAACGACCGCCACUGCCCCGGCAUCGAGGGGGAGGAUUUCAUUUCCUUCCAGAUCAACAACACCAAGGGGAACUGCGGCAAUGUCGUGCAGUCUAACGGCACGCACAUCGUGUACAAGAACACGGUGUGGAUCGAGAGCGCCAACAACACAGGCAACAUCAUCACUCGGGACCGCACUAUCAACGUCGAGUUUUCCUGCGCCUACGAGCUGGAUAUAAAAAUCUCUCUGGAUUCUGUCGUGAGGCCAAUGCUGAGUGUGAUUAACCUGACAGUCCCGACCCAGGAAGGCAGCUUCACAACCAAGAUGGCCCUGUAUAAGAACUCGUCCUAUAAGCACCCGUACCGCCAGGGCGAGGUCGUGCUGACCACCCGGGACGUGCUCUACGUGGGGGUCUUCGUCGUCGGAGCGGACUCGACCCACUUGAUCCUGACGCUGAACAAGUGCUACGCGACGCCCUCGCGGGACAGCAACGACAAGCUGCGCUACUUCAUCAUCGAGGGAGGGUGCCAAAACAUGAAGGACAACACCAUCGGCAUUGAGGAGAACGGGGUGUCCCUGACUUGUCGCUUCCAUGUCACCGUGUUCAAGUUCAUCGGGGAUUACGAUGAAGUUCACCUCCACUGUGCUGUCUCGCUCUGCGACUCAGAGAAAUACUCCUGCAAGAUAAACUGCCCUCAGAAUGGCCGCAUGGCCAGGGAUUUCACCAAAGAGCCCCAGGAGCAGAUCCUGUCGGUGGGGCCGAUUCGCCGCAAGCGGUCGGACUGGUGCGAAGACAACGGAGGCUGUGAACAGAUCUGCACGAGCAGGGCGGACGGGCCCCUGUGCAGCUGCGUCACGGGGACGCUGCAAGGGGACGGCAAGAGCUGCAGAGCUUCCAGCUCUUCAGGGGAACCCCGAGCCUGGCUCCCUGUGCUCACGGCCACCCAGCUGCUGCUGUGGCUCUGUGCGUGUCACUGGGACUUGACCUCAUAAGGGAUGUGCGGCUCUGCUGCCCGGUCCGGUACUGUUGUUUCGUACGUCUGAGUAUCUGUAGGAUAGGAGCAAGGGCCCCCAAGCAGUAAACCAACCUCUGACUCGCACC